ACGUGGCUCGGGUCCGAGCUGGGGUUGGAGUUCGCGUAGCGGGAGAGGCGGGGCCGGGCAAGUUUGUUCCCCGAGUUUGGAGCCCGCGGUCGUCGCGCUGGUGCCCUCCGCAGGGGUCGGGAUGGAGCUUCCGGCCGUGAACCUCAAGGUGAUUCUCCUGGUUCACUGGCUGCUGACAACCUGGGGCAGCAUCCUGUUUGAGGGCCCCUACUCCUGGGCCAACUUCACCAUCCUGGCCUUGGGCGUGUGGUCUGUGGCUCAGCCGGACUCCGUGGACGCAAUAAGCAUGUUUCUGGGGGGCCUGCUGGCCACCAUCUUGCUGGAUAUCAUCCACAUCAGCAUCUUCUACCCACGGAACACCAUCUCGGACACGAGUCGCUUCAGCGCCGGCAUGGCCAUCCUCAGCCUACUGCUCAAGCCAUUCUCCUGCUACUUGGUGCACCACAUGUACUGUGAGCGUGGGGGUGAGCUCCACUUCCACUCCGACUUCCUUAGGCCUUCUCAGGAACGCAGUGCCUACCAGACGAUUGACUCCACGGAGGAGCCUGCAGACCCCUUCGCAGGCCGGGAGGCCAGGGGUCCAGAUGCCUGAGGGGACUGAAGCUGGCCCCACCUGGGCCACAUCACAGUCCUGGUGCCUGGGAGAUCCUGGGGACGCCUCUGACCUUCCUUACUAGACCUAAGACGGAACUGUCUUCCUGUCUCCAUCUCAGGGGUUGCUGACUCCUGUGCCCAAGGGCUCAGGAUCCCCAUGGCUUCCCAGUCCCGUGGACUCAGCAGUCCUCACUCUCUGAGGCCUUCUGUCCCUCCAGAGCACCCCACUGGUCCCCAUGCUGGAACUGUUGCCUCUUUUUUCUCCUCCAACCCCACAGUUGCACCGUGUAGGCCUUAGGCCCAGUUGUCCGAGUGUGGCCGGAGUGACCCCUGCCUGGACCUCCCCCCAGCUUGUCAGACCCUUCAGCCCAAGCUCUGAGAGCUGUGGGUCACGCUUAGCUCCAGGAGCAGCUGGCACAGGCUUGAGGUCCCCAUGCUUCUCACUGCCUGGCCACUUGGUGGCUGGGGACCUGGGCCUGGGCUCCAGAGGACCUGCCACAGCCUCUAGCCACCCUCUUGGAGCCAUGGCAUUAAAAAUUCAGGGAUUCCAUGACUGGGCUGCAUCCUGAGCCAUGUUUUAUUUCCGGCUGGGUGGCCGCCUGGUUUGCCAUUCCUGAGACAGUUUCCCUCAUUGAGUCCCCAGGGGAACCCCGGACUGAACUACCUGGUUGAUCUGAUACAGCUGGAGGAAGCAGGGGCCCCUUACUGGGCCUGCUUUGUCUCCAGUGCCACAACAGAGGAGCCCAAGGUCCGCAUGACAGGUGCAUCCUUUCUCUGACUCAGGUCGUUAGGCAGAAAGUAGUCAGUAGCAGGCUGGAGACAGGCGGCUCCUGGCUAAUUGCAAAGCAAAACCGUGUUUUCUUUGCUUCACUUUCUUGAUCAUUAGCUAUGGAUACGAUUCAUAGAACCUUGUGGUUUCCAGCUUUAGCUCACAAGGACAGGACACACACAGCCCAGUGUGCUGCUAAGGUCCAGGGCCCAUGUAAAGUCCAGCCAGUGGGUGAGGGGUUAGAAAAACCUCAAGGUCUCAAACUAAAUGGACCCAUCUGCCUAGAGAGUAGACUGGGACUUCCUUCUCUGAUUUAGGUAAACAGCCUAUUUUAUUUGUACGAGAACAGUGGCCUUGGAAAAAGGAAAGCAUAUUCCUUAAAAGAUCCAGUUACAAGCAUGCAACCCGAGGCCUCAUUUAGUGCAGCCGCCACCUUGGCGCUUGCCUGCCUUCGUGUUUGACGGUGCAUUCUGUCUUGCUCGCUCUGAAAAUCUGUCGUUUUGCAAUAAGCGCUACCUACACUCUGUG